UGGCAUAAGAAGACACAGACAAAGGAAAUGCGACUACAGACGUCCAACUCACCCAACAGGAUUUUGAGGCUACUAACAUGGAGACAGUCGAUUUCAUCCAAGAAAAAUUAACUGAAUGGGGUCUCAGGGAGUUCAUCCAUCGGUUUCAAGAGGAAGGAUUUGACAAAGAAACUUUUCUCAGUCUUGGAGAUUCUGCCAACCUUAAAUUGUUAAUUCCUAAACUUGGACCACAAGUCAAAUUUAGAAAUAGACUCAAAGAAUACUUACAAAUAAGGACCAGCAGUUUUGUCCAGGGCAAAUUAACAGAAUGGGGAUUCAGCGAGCUGAUUCUGAGAUUUCAGGAAGAAGGUAUCGACAAAGAGGCCUUCCUAAAUCUUGAGGAGUUGGGAAACAUUAAUACCCUGAUCCCUAAAAUUGGGCCAAGAGUUAAAUUUCGAAAGAGACUCAAAGAGUAUUUACAGACAUUGAAAACAAAUGAUGACACUCCUGAAAGGAUAGACACAAGCUCAGACCAAGAGGAAAACCAAGAAAUGGACUCAUCUCUGUUUCUGUGGAAUUUGGAGUCUACGUCACGAUAUGAUACAGAUGAUGGCAAAGCAAUGUCUAAGGAGCCAAUUUACCCCGGUGGGACAGUGAGUAGAGGGAAAGGGCUUCUUGCUGCAAUGCUCUUCAUACUGCAUCACCAGCUCCCUGCAGCAGUACAAGGCAGUCUCAUGGCUCUACUAAACUUCCUUAUCCCAGGCCUAAUAGUUGAAACUCGGCAUCUUUUUCAAGCAGUCCAUUCUGUCUCUACUGUAUUCUACUGUGACCAAUGUCAAAACUACUUAGGAAAAAAUCCAACAUGUUGUUCAGACUGUAAAAAGACAUUUGAUAAAGCUAGCAGUUUUAAAAAUGGAAACUUCUUUUUGUAUGCCUCUCUCAAAGAUCUUCUUAAAGACAUUCUUAACAACUAUGGCACAAAGCUAUUACCCAAAGUAGCUAAACAUGACCAUGACUUUACAGAUGUUCUGGAUGGGCUGAUGUACCAGAAUCUGCUUAAGCAAGGCACACUGGGAAAGGAUGACCUUACACUGACAUGGAACUGUGAUGGUGUACCCAUUUUCGAACCUAGGUUCUCAGUUUGGCCCCUUCAAUUUAUGAUUAAUGAACUUCCUUAUGCACUGAGACAAGAAAAUCUGAUAGUGGCAGGACUUUGGUUUGGCCCAAAAAAUCCAAAAAUGGACACAUUUUUAAAGCCUUUCAUAGAUGAAUGCUGUGAUCUUGCCCAGAAUCCCUUUCAGUGGAAUGACAGCAGUGGUGCAGCUCACUCUUCAAAAGUCUUCUCAUUGGUUUGCUCGUCUGAUGCCGUUGCAAGGCCACUUCUCCGGAAUUGCAAACAAUUCAAUGGAGAGUAUGGCUGUGACUGGUGUCUACACCCAGGCAAAGUGACGAGAAAGGGAUCCGGCUCUGUAAGGUCAUACCCAUACGAUGAAGUUGAACAAGUUAAAAGGUCAAAGAUAAUGUUUGAGGAUAACGGAAAAGAAGCAGAAGACAAUAACUUGCCAGAGAAUGGCGUGAAAGGGAGGUCCUCACUGUCUGGUCUUCCAGUCUUUGACAUUGUUUUGGGAUUUGUGCCAGAAUACAUGCACUCCGUUCUGCUUGGUGUGUCCAGACAACUCAUGUCUCUAUGGCUGGACCCAAAAAAUUCUAGCAAAGCCUGGUAUGUUGGUCAACACAUUGACCAAAUGGAUUCAUGUCUGCUCCGUCAAAAGCCGCCAGCAGAAACAAUCCAACGUCCACAUUCACUGAAAAAUUGGAACAAUUGGAAAGCAUCACAGUGGAGAGCUUUCCUCUUAUUUUAUGCUGUCAGUGUCCUGCCAGGUGUUCUCCACCCUCCAUUUCUGACACACUAUUUCUUUUUGUCAUUUGGCAUUCACAUUCUUCUCCAAGAAUCAGUAUCUCAGUGUGACCUUAAAUUGGCCCAUCAUUACUUAGUACAGUUUGUGGUAAAAAUGAAGGAGCUUUAUGGUGAAGAAAAUGUGUCUUUCAACUGUCAUCAGUUAAUUCACCUAGCUGAAAGUGUACAAAACUGGGGGCCUCUGUGGGUAACAUCAGCCUUUUCUUUUGAGAAAAACAGUGGGAAAUUACGGAAGCUUUUAACAAACAUCAAUUACAAUCAUAGACACAUUUUCCAGAGGUUUCUUUUUUGGCGGCAAAUACCCAGUCACCUUAAGUCUUCGGUUUUUAGCCACUCUGUAAAAUUUGGAGAGGUGUUGACCAAGCUAUCAGGAGGAAGUGAUGAGGAGGAAUCUUACUCACAGCUUGGACAUUCGGAGUCUCUGGAAAUUACAGGCGUAGUCAGACUGGCGAUAGAAGAACUCUUACAUCGACCAGCUCUCGUCAAGUCAGUGGAAGUUUUUGACAGUUUCACAGUAGGAAACACUGUUUACAGAAAAGAUUGCGUCAUUGCACUUAAGAAUGGCAACUAUGGAGAAAUACAGUUCGUGUGCAUGUUCAAAGAGAAGUGUCUUUGUACAUCAGGCUGUUUGUGCCGGGCUGUUCCAAUCACUGUGGUCCACAUGUAUAGCAUCAAACCUGACCCACUGUUCACAUAUAUAAAUCCAAGUGAUGCAUCAAAGAUGAUCUUUGUGAGAGUUGAAAAGACAGAACACACCAAAGCCUUCUUCUUAGAUGACAUUAGGUGUAACUGUAUGUAUCUUAACGGUUGGCUUGUGCCUCUACCAAACUCAUAUGAGAGACAUUAAAAGUCGCUCCACAUCUUCAUGCUGUAAAAACAAGAGGGGAUGGAGUCUUUGCUGUGUGCCAGCUGUCACUAAUUUGUGACAUACAAUUUACUCGCAACAGCUGAAAUGACAGUAGUUUUCUUGUUUAGGAAUUCCAGAAGAUAUCUGCAUGAUUUUUGAACGUGUAAGGUUAUAUUGUCUCUAAGUGAGUCCUUGUAAACAAUGCAGGAUAUACAACAUGGUUAUAUUUACAUAGGGUACUGAGCAGCAUUGCAAAUACUGGUGAUUAUAUGUACUGAGACCUUAUCUUAUCUUAUUCUGAUAUCUUAUUUUAUCUGUUUAAAAGGGAAGGGUUGUAAAACACUGUUUAUAGGGGAGGGGAGUAAUUUUACUGUAUUGGGUUAUAAUUUUACUUUUUUAUUUAAGUCUUAUUACAUUAUAUUGUAUCUUGCUCUUUUGUACUUACAAUCUUAUUUUUCUCUCUUCUGUAAACGGGUGUACUGCAAGAAAGAAUUACCCGCAAGGGAUUACUAAAGUAAUUCUGAUUCUGUUUCUGAUUAAAUCACCAUUUUGACUCAGAGAACGCUGUCGUCUCACAGUCCUGCACCAGAUAUUAGCCUAUUAAUUGUAAUUAAUUCUCUAUGUAGUUGAAACUGUACGGUUCAUAUCGUGAUUAAUAUACAUAAUAAACAUUCCUAAAAGUUUAUCUCUUAAUUAAUGCAGUUAU